AUGGGCUCCAAAGCAGGCUUCCGACCGAGCCUCCUUACCUCCGCCGCAUCCUCCUCCUCCACCACCGCCGCCGCCGCGCCCCGCCGCAUCUCGCCGCCCUCCGCCGACGCACUCACACCCACGAUCCUCAACCACCUCCGCUUCGGCCGCCUCUCGAAAGCUGUCUCCGUCCUCUUCUCCUCCGCCGUCCCCUUCCCUUUCUCCCUCUACGCCGACCUCCUCCGCGUCUGCGCCUCGGAGAACGCCGUAACCGAGACCCGGAAGCUCGAGUGCCACCUCCUCACCUUCAACCCCGACCCACCGUCGUUUCUCCUCAACCGGGUCAUCGAGAGCUACGGGAAAUGCGGCUCCCUGGUCGACGCCCGCGAAUUGUUCGAGCAAAUGCCCAACAGAGACGGUGGGUCCUGGAACGCCAUCAUUGGGGCCCACUCGAGGAACGAGCUGCCUCGGGCCGCGCUGGGCCUGUUUGCCCAGAUGGCCCAAGAGGGGGUCCGGCCGAGUGAGGUCACCCUUGCGACUGUGCUCGGCUCCUGCAGGGACCUGCUGGAGCUCUGGAUGUCAAGAAAGGUCCACGGGCUUGUCGUAAAAUAUGGUUAUGUGGGGAACAUUAUUCUCGAGAGCUCUCUCGUGGAUGUGUACGGGAAAUGUGGGGUCAUGGCCGAUGCCCGUAGGAUGUUUGAUGAUAUUGAGAACCCGAAUGACAUCACCUGGAAUGUGAUAAUCAGAAGGUAUCUGGAUACGGGCCAGGGGAGUGAGGGAUUGAAAAUGUUUCGUGAAAUGGUGAGGACGAAGGUGAACCCAUUAUGUCACACAGUGUCGAACGCGAUUCUUGCUUGUUCGGGUUCCGGUGGAGUUAGAGUGGGCAUUCAAAUUCAUGGAUACAGUGUUAAGAUCAAUCUGGAGUGUGAUGAGGUUGUCACGAGUACUCUAAUCGGCAUGUACUCGAAAUGUGGUGACUUGGAGAGCACGAGGCGGAUUUUUGACUAUCCCGAUUCAAAACACCUGAUUAACUAUACUUCUUUGGUGUCAGGUUAUGCUACGAGUGGGAGAUUGGCAGAGGCUCGAGCCGUGUUUGACGAAAUGCCCGAGAGGACGGUUAUAUCCUGGAACGUGAUGUUAGCUGGCUACACGCGUGUUUCAAAGUGGGACGAGGCAUUGGCUUUUGUGAUGCUGAUGCGUAAAAAAACGAGAGACAUGGAUCAUGUCACGCUAGGCUUGAUUUUGAACAUUUGUGCAGCAAUUCCGGAUUUAGAACUCGGAAAACAAGCACACGGAUAUGCCUACAGACAAGGCUACCAUUCCAACCUUUACGUUGCGAAUGCUCUUCUCGACAUGUACGGGAAAUGCGGAAACUUGAAUAAAGCUAGAGUUUGGUUCUACCAGAUUUCCCAUUUACGUGACAAAGUUUCUUGGAAUGCUUUACUGACGGGCCACGCUCGUCACGGGCUGAGCGAGGAAGCUAUGGAGAUUUUCGGGAAAAUGCUCGAAGAGACCAAGCCUAGUAAAUUCACCUUCGCCACCCUUUUGGCUGCUUGCGCGAAUAUAUACGCGCUCGAGUUUGGUAAACAGGUCCAUGCCUUCAUGGUUAGAAACCAUUAUGAUUUCGAUAUUGUUAUAAAUGGAGCUUUAGUCAACAUGUACUUAAAAUGCCGUUGCAUUGAGUAUGCCAUGCGCGUUUUUGAAUGGGCCUGCUCAAAAGAUGUGAUCUUGUUCAACUCAAUGAUCUUGGGCUGUUCGCACAACGGGAUGGGAAGUGAAGUAGUCCGGUUUUUUGAAGAAAUGGAGAGCGAAGGCUUCAGGCCCGAUCACGUCACAUUUCAAGGCGUGCUGCGUGCUUGUAUUAGUGAGGGCUGGGUUGAACUGGGCAAACGGUAUUUUGAGCUGAUGAGUGAUAAGUACUAUUUGUCGCCUCAGGUGGAGCAUUACGAUUCCAUAAUCGAGCUGUAUGGGCACCACGGGCUUAUGGACGAACUUGAGGUUUUCGUGAAGGAAAUGCCUUUUGACCCGACAGUACGAAUGUUGACCAAAGUGGUUGACUUCAGCCGGGAGUAUGAGUGUCUCCGGCUAGGAGAAUGGGCGUGCAGUCGGCUUAACGAAUUGAACCCGCCGGUUCCUUUCCAGUUUGAUAUUGCUGAUAACGCGUAA